CAAAAAUAAAACUUGAACUAUGAACAAAUCGAAGUCUGAAGAGAGGCAUUCACAUUUCAUUCAUGUCAAUACCAACUCAUCACAUUCUUCAAUCCCCACGCAUUCAAAUCCUCUAUCCGACUCGUCACAUCCUCCAAACUCAACUCACCGAUUCCACCAAGAGAUGGUCCGCAACUCAGUGAAUCCAGACCACCACGUCUCCAACGGCGACGACAAUGCCAGCUCCGGCGGCGGCAUUGGUGGCCUCGGGUUCCGCUCGAUUCGCGACCGUUUCCGCUUCAAGCGAAACCCUAAAACUAACCACGCCGCCCUGAACGACGGCAGGGACCGAGGCAAGGCGGCGUUGUUGUCGGAUCGGCAGUGGCGCGCCGGCCGAUCUCACUACCACCACACUCGAUCCACAGCUCGGAGGAUUUUGUCGUUUCCAUUCAGAGGCCGGUCGUUGUUCUACUUCUGUAUAUUCUUUGCCGUGUUUGUGUUCGCGUUGGCGUCGAUGGUGUUGCAGAGCUCGAUCACGUCGUUGUUUCGGCCCGGGAGUGAGAGGGGGAAGUUGCUGCGGGAGGGUUUGAAGUUCGGGAGUUCAUUGAAGUUCGUGCCGGGGAGGACGGGCUGGCAGCGGCUAUCGGAGCGAGGUGGUCUCGAUCGGUUGCGGAGGGAGCCGAGAGUCGGUGUUCGAUCACCGAGACUUGGACUUAUCUUAGGAAACAUGAAGAAAGAUCCCCCAUCAUUAAUGCUGUCUACUGUGAUGAAGAAUCUUCAAGGACUUGGCUAUGUGCUUAAGAUUUACGCAAUGGAGGAUGGUGAAGCGCGUUCUAUGUGGGAGAAAAUAGGUGGUCGAAUCUCACUCCUAAAUUCUGAGAGAUAUGGCCAUAUUGAUUGGUCAAUUUUUGAAGGUAUCAUUGUAAACUCUCUUGAAGCAAAAUUUGCCUUGUCAAGCCUUAUGCAGGAGCCAUUUUGUUCUGUACCACUUAUAUGGAUAAUUCAUGAAGAUACCCUUGCAAAUCGUCUUCCAGUUUAUGAGGACAUGGGCUGGGAACACCUUGUUUCUUACUGGAAAAAUGCUUUUAGCAGGGCUGACGUGGUUGUGUUUCCAGAUUUUUCUCUACCGAUGUUAUAUAGUGUGCUUGACACUGGAAACUUCUUUGUGAUUCCUGGAUCGCCAAUAGAUGUUUGGGCAGCAGAAAGCUAUAGUAACACCCACUCCAAAUCUCAAUUAAGAAAGGACAAUGGGUUCAGUGAAGAUGAUAUGCUGGUUCUUGUUGUUGGAAGUUUGUUCUUCUACAAUGAACUAUCAUGGGACUAUGCGGUGGCAAUGCAUGACAUAGGACCUCUACUAAUCAAAUAUGCAAGGGGAGAAGAUGCUGGAGGGUCAUUCAAAUUCAUCUUUCUGUGCGGAAACUCCACUGAUGAAUACAAUGAUGCUUUACAGGAAAUUGCUACUCAUCUAGGACUUGAUCGUGGUUCUCUUAGGCACUAUGGCAUGAAUGGUGAUGUAAACGGAUUAUUAUUAAUGGCUGACAUUGUUCUAUAUGGUUCCUCCCAAGAUGAGCAGGGAUUUCCACCAAUACUUACACGAGCCUUGUCAUUUGGAAUCCCUGUCAUUGCACCUGAUUUUCCUGUCAUAAAAAAAUAUGUUGUUGAUGGAGUCCAUGGGAUAGUUUUUCCUAAGCACAAUCCUGAUGCAUUGAUGAGAUCUUUUUCACUUUUGAUAUCAAACGGGAAGCUCUCUAAAUUUGCUCAUUCUGUUGCUUCCUCUGGGAGGCUGCUUGCUAAGAACACAUUGGCAUCUGAAUGCAUUGUUGGUUAUGCAAUACUUCUGGAAAAUGUUCUCACUUUCCCAUCAGAUUCACUGUUGCCAGGCCAGGUUUCUCAGAUCAAACAGGCUGCAUGGGAGUGGGAUUUGUUCAGGAGGGAAAUGGAACAGAGAACUGGUGACAUGGAAAAUAUGAAUCAGAAGGAUACUCAUGCAAGAAAAUCUAGUGUUGUUUAUUCUAUUGAAGAAGAUUUGAUUCACCUGGUUGAUUCAAAGAAUAUCUCUCAGAAUGAAUCUGAGAUUCUGGCACUGGAUAUUCCGACUGAGCUAGAUUGGGAUAUUUUGAAGGAAAUGGAAAGUUCUGAAGAGGUCGAGAGGCUAGAAAUGGAAGAGAUUGAUGAAAGAAUGGAGAGAGAUACUGGUGUAUGGGAUGACUUAUAUCGUAGUGCCCGAAAAGCUGAAAAACUUAAGUUUGAAGUAAAUGAAAGGGAUGAAGGAGAGCUAGAAAGAACAGGCCAGCCAUUAUGCAUUUAUGAGAUCUACAAUGGAGCUGGGGCCUGGCCAUUUUUACACCAUGGUUCUUUGUACCGUGGGUUAAGUCUUUCUAGGAGAGCACGAAGAUUGAAAUCAGAUGAUGUGGAUGCAGUUGGACGGCUUCCUUUGUUGAAUGACACAUACUAUCGGGAUAUCCUCUGUGAGAUUGGAGGUUUGUUUUCUGUUGCAAAUAGCCUGGAUAACAUUCACAAGCGACCUUGGAUUGGGUUUCAGUCAUGGCGUGCUGCUGGCAGGAAGGUUUCCUUGUCUACCAAAGCUGAAGGGGUUCUGGAAGACACAAUACAAGGGGCAACUAAGGGAGAUGUAAUAUACUUUUGGGCUCCCUUGAACAUGGAUGGGGGACUUACAGGAAGCAGUGAUGUACUUACUUUUUGGUCCAUGUGUGACAUCUUAAAUGGGGGAAACUGCAGAACUGCCUUUGAAAAUGCCUUCCGUCAGAUGUAUUCAUUGCCAAUACAUAUUGAAGCUCUUCCCCCCAUGCCUGAAGAUGGCGGUCGCUGGUCUGCCCUGCAUAGCUGGGUUAUGCCAACCCCUUCCUUUCUAGAGUUUGUAAUGUUUUCCAGGAUGUUUGCUGAUUCUCUCAAUGGAUUGCAUACCAAUUCAAGCCAAAUUUCUACUUGUUUGUUGGGUUCCUCAAAGAUUGAGAAAAAGCACUGUUACUGCCGGAUUUUGGAACUCUUGGUCAAUGUUUGGGCCUAUCAUAGUGCGCGGAAGAUGGUUUACAUUGACCCAGUCUCAGGUUCAUUAGAAGAGCAGCACCCUAUUGAACAGCGGCAGGGAUAUAUAUGGGCUAAGUACUUCAAUUUUACUCUCUUGAAGAGCAUGGACGAAGAUUUAGCAGAAGCUGCAGAUGACGAUGAUCAUCCAAGCGAGAUGUGGUUGUGGCCUUUGACAGGGGAAGUAUAUUGGCAGGGUAUAUACGAAAGAGAGAGGGAAGAAAGAUAUAGAUUAAAGAUGGACAAGAAGAGGAAAACAAGAGAGAGAUUAUUUGAAAGGCUGACCAAAGGAUAUAAGCAGAAGAAACUUGGAGGAUAGGAAGCCGCCCAAAAUGUUCGAUUGUAAUAAUCACGAAAGGCCUAACACAGAUAACCAAUUUUUUUGUUCUCUACUCCAGGAAAUGAAAGAGGACUGGUAAAGUUUGAGCUCAAUUCUUUCACACUGACAAAAGGCGUAAUCAUAUUCUUCUCAUUUGACUGGAAAGGGAGUGGGCACGAGGCAUAGCUGCAGCACGCUAGCUAGCAAUUUUAGUUCUCGCUAGCGUCUCUGAAGUCCCUUUUACUCCCAUCAAUUGAAACGGAUAAAUAGGAUGUCAGGUUUUUGAGGUGCGACCAGUUUUAGUUGAAAUUCUGUCACAUAAUUCAAAAUGUCCGUCGAGUAGCUAAACAUGUAUUAUUUCAUUGAUCUAUAUUCUUGUUCUUGCACGGUUCCUCUUUUUUAUUUUCGGAGAAGUUUACUUUUGGAUCCAUGAUACAUGAUCAAUCUUGUUAAAUAACAAAGCAAUAUAUACAGAAUUUUUGACCC